UGGAAUAGAAUCAGCGCGAGAGGGAGAAAGAGGGAGGAGGACAGCACAAAUCAACCUGCCUCUUGACUCUAACAACAGAACAGAGAAGCCGGUAGACACAUAGAUCGGGAAGUGUGCGCGUGUGUGUGUUUGUUGCUUUAUUUUAUUUUUGGAGAGAGGAAGAGAGCGGCAGACAGGAGGAACUGAAGGAGGAGGAGAAAGAGCCUCACCGUGGAGAUAGAUAGCAGAAAAAUGCUGUCAUGGGGAGAGAAGGGGAGGGAGUCGGCAGAGAGGAACAGGAUGAAACAAGGCAGGGUCGAGCAGAGCUGAAAUGUGGAGGUGGCCAGUGGCUCUGACCAAAACGGGAAGUAGCAGGCAAUGAAGAGUGCAGACGAAUGGAUGCCAUGUUAGAAGGGUGGAUAGAGACAGAGCCUCUCCUACACAGAGGACAGAGAGUCGGGCUCCAGUGAUGAUCCUCUCAUCCUUACUCCGCAGGAAGGACCACCCCGUAACUGGAAUACCACCAAAAAACACAUCUGCACACCUGGACGUACCCCUGCACCAAGACACAGCUGCAUAUUCUCUUCAAUCUGCUUUAUUUACACUCUUUAAGAACUCGCAGAGGCAUCUAUGAGAGCCCAAAGGUUGAGAAAGUUCAGUCAUCUUAAGUGGUGUGAAUGAGGACUAUAUUUGUUGCUUUCGCUCUGAGGGGUUUUUCAUCUCUGUGCUCAGUUCUCCCGUUUCACACCAGCACCACAGAGACCAGGACAUAGUUUUAACUGGGAAAGCAGAAAGCUCUGGAGCAGAGUGGAAAAAAGAUUGUUCGACUGGACUCGAUUUCUCAGGCACCAUGCAGUCAGAUGACCUUUUCAUCCGCAAGUUUCGCCGUCAGAACAUGCGGCCGCCUAUUGCCACUGUCAACUUUGACCCCAAACGGGAGGCGAGUGUCGUGGAGUGGCCGCCCAGGAGGGAGGGUGAUGGAGCUGAUGGGGACAGCCUCACUCCGAGCCGCGUGGGGCUGACCUUGAGGUCGAUGGGCCGGGGCCACAUCAUGCAGAGAAGUAACAGCGAUGUAACCUUAGGAGACUUGGACUCCUCCGGGAUGGCAUGUGGCAAAGCAGCUCGGGCGGGUGGUGAGAAGGUGGGUGCGGGGGCUCAGGGGGACUCAGGUGUGCUGCUACACAGGGAAUAUGGCAGCCUGUCUUCACUGGAAAGACAGAGUCAAGCCCAGGAGCCGGGCACAGACGACCAGGGGCCCCUGAGUCCAAAUGCCCUCCGCUUCAAAGACCCUUUCCUGCUUUUAGGACUGCAGGGCAACCCUCCAGAGCCUGAUGGAUUCUUUCGGGGUUUGGCUGUUUCCACAGGGGACUCCCCAAAACCUGCCAAACCGCCGAAGCCUGAAGGUCUAAGUAAGAAGACCAAACCUGUGCCCCCCCAGAUCCCUCAACCAGGUCCAUAUGACAACAUUGGGGGUGGAGCUUGGGUGAGAAACUUUGCCCACUACGAUGUUCAGAGCAUCCUCUUUGACCUCACCGAGGCGGCCACAAACAGAGACAGUAUUGGACGGAAAAAGAAUAUCACCUCAGGGGCUUCUGCCGCCUCCCAGCUGCGCCCCCUCUCCCAAGCCACCCCAUCCUCACCUGCACAGGGCGGGGGAGGCAGUGGGGGGAACACAGACGACCCUGAGCAGUCGCUGCUGCUGGACGAAGGUGAUGGCAAUGACAAUGAGCUCCUGCUCAGCUGCCCCCACUUCCGCAAUGAGACUGGGGGAGAAGAGCAGGUAGGUCUGGGUCAAUCUCAAGGGAGGCGGUGGUCGAGCCUGCGGACCCCCAACGAUGCAGUGUCGGUCCUGGAGGAGCCCAGAGAAAGUCACGUUCAAACACAGGGCAAGAGCAACUACUUUAUAGAGCAUGCAGAUCUCGGAGCCCAUUACUAUCGCAAAUAUUUCUACAUGAAAGAACACCAGAAUUUCUUCGGCAUGGACGAUCGCCUCGGCCCAGUGGCUAUCAGUUUCCGUCGGGAGGAGAAAGAAGGAUCCAGCGGAGCUCAGUACAAUUACAGAAUCAUCUUUCGCACCACAGAGAUGAAGACACUGCGCGGUUCCAUCUUUGAGGAGUCAGUGCCUUCUGCUGCUCGUCACACGACCCCCAGAGGCUUGUCUCCCAAGAGGCUGCUGGAGUUCAUCAUGCCUGAACUGAACCUGCACUGCCUUCGCUUGGCUUCAAACUCCCCGAAGGUCCGGGACACCUUACUGAAGCUGGAUGAACAGGGGCUGAAUUUCCAGCGAAAGGUUGGGGUGAUGUACUGCCGGGCCGGGCAAAGUUCAGAGGAAGACAUGUACAACAACGAGAGCUCGGGGCCGGCAUUCGAGGAGUUUCUGGAUCUGCUCGGGGAGCGGGUGCGCCUGAAGGGCUGGGAGAAAUACCGUGCUCAGCUGGACAACAAGACGGACUCAACUGGGACACAUUCCCUCUACACGCGCUACCAGGACUAUGAGAUUAUGUUUCAUGUGUCCACUAUGCUGCCCUACACAGCCAACAACACACAGCAGUUGCUGAGGAAGCGACACAUCGGUAACGACAUCGUGACAAUCGUGUUCCAGGAGCCAGGCGCCCUGCCCUUCACUCCAAAGUCCAUCCGCUCCCAUUUCCAACAUGUCUUCAUCAUCGUUCAGGUUCAUGAGCCCUGCACUGACAACACCUAUUACAGGGUGGCUGUGACACGCUCGAAAGACAUGCCAUUAUUUGGACCACUGUUCCCUAGAGGUGCCCGAUUCCCUCGCUCACUUGCCUUCAGAGACUUCCUCCUAGCGAAGGCAGUGAAUGCUGAAAACGCUGCGGAGAAGUCUGAGAAGUUCCGCUCUAUGGCCACACGCACACGACAGGAAUACCUGAAGGACCUGGCCGAGAACUAUGUGACCACCACACCCAUUGACUCCUCCACUAAGUUCCCCCUGCUGUCUCUGGGAGGCAAGCGCAAAGACAAGCUGAAGGGCUCCAAAGGUGCCGAGCUGCACAGCGCAGGUGCGCUGGUGUGGGCUGUGAUGGUCAGCGGCGGAUAUGAAGGGGAGGUGAGAGAGCACAGGCUCCCCUGCCUGCUCGGGGUGUCGGCUGAGUCGGUGGUGCUCAUUGAGAGGUGCACACGCAGGGUGGUGUUUAACUGCUCCUGUCGAGAUGUCAUCGGCUGGAAGGCAGUGACAGAGACUAAGGAGGGGGGGCCCUGCUUGGAUAUCUUCUAUGAGCGAGGGGAGUCGGUGUCAAUCAGUGUGAUGGAGAACCAGGCGGAGGAUAUACGAGAGGUGGUGCAGAGGCUAGAGCUGAUUACCCGGGGCUGUGAGGCUUUUGAGGUCACCCCCCUGCGUGACGGAGUCGGCCAGCCCGGCUUCCUGAUGAACGAGGAGGGCUUUGUGACGGAGCUGCAGAGGUUCUGUUACGCUGAGAGUGGAGGCCUGCAGCUGUGGGCUCGUGUGGUGCGGCUGUGCGGACACUCGCUGGUUCACCUGAGUCCUGAGGAGAGGACCAGGCUGCUCCGCACUGCACACAAGAUCCACAUCACUGUCAUCCCACCGGAUGAGAACGGCAAGCCACGCAGAAGUUUCUCUGAACUGUACCAGAAAGCCAUCAAGGAUGCAGAGUGUAAGCCUGGCGAGGAUCAGUCUGGAGAGGCCUGGGUGCUGGACGAGAGGGAAGAAGAGGGGGAAGAAGAGGAGGAGCUGGAGGACAAGCUGAAGGCGGGUGGGGUCAAUGAAGCGGAUAUAAUGGAGGUGCAGGAAGAGGCCGAAGAGGGCGAAGGGCAGUCGUGUGAUAAAGGGCAAAGUGAAAGAAGUCACAGCUCGUUCCUCACACCGGCCAGCUUACCUUUGUUACGGGCCACAUCUCUGCAGGACCAACCGGCCAACCAGAGCCAGGAGGGCAGUGCCUCGCAGCUCACACGCAGCUGCUCUUUGGAGAGACAGCCAUCCUACACGGAUACAUGUGAUGGGCACGUGUACGACAACGUGGGGCUGAAGGGGGAACGGCACAUCUAUGAGAAUGUUGGCGAGCUGAGAGACGCCACACCUGAUCUGAUCCUGGCUGUCAAACCCAAGGUUCCCCUGGAGGACGAACAGUUCAUGGAGGCUGAGUUUGGCGAUGACAAAGCUUCGGCGAGUGACUCGUCUUCCCGGCUUUCAUGUGUAGACCGAGCUGAAAGGAAUUCACGAGCCCUCAGCCUUCAUAACUCCAUCACCAAGAUUCUCUCAGAGACAACAGAUUCGACUGAGGAGGAGUGGCAGUCCAUCGCUGACCUGGCCACCGCCUGCCGCAGCAUCCUGGAGGCUUUGUCACGAGAGGACCGUAAAGCCGCAGACCCCUCCCAAGCAGGAGACCAGACAGACGGCAAGCUGAAAGACUCAAAGGAAAGUGACUCUCCAGGCCACCUAGAAGAGAAGGUAUCGCAGCUGGAAGCCAUGCUGAGGAAGCUGCAGGAUGACCUGCAAAAGGAGAAAGAGGACAAGGCGGUGCUGCAGGCCGAGGUGCAGAGCCUCAGGCAGAACAACCAGCGGCUGCAGGAGGAGUCGCAGAGCACAGUGGCUCGCCUCAUCAAAGUCACCGAGCUGCUGUGCAACGUCAACAAGCCCUGUUAGCUUCACCACAGCACGCACAAACACACAAAUCAGCAGAAAGAAAGAUGCAAAUCGUACAAUGUGCUUGUACGCUCAGUACACUUAUUUUGUUCGUACAUAUUUGCAAAACCAGACACACACACACACGUAUCCUCUUCAAUCUGUGUAUUACCACAGUCUCAGUCCUGAAUCCUGGACGUGCCUGUUGGUGAGGGAGUAUGCAAAUCAACUCAUACAAAAGAAAAAAAAAAGACAUUUUCAGUAUCCCUUCAUAGACUGACCAAUGUGCAGCUCUCAGGCUGCUGUGUUGGUGUGCUAUGCCAGAGUGCUUCUCUUGGUGUGUAUGAUACAGUAUAUGCGUGGGUGUGCGUGUGCGUCUGUAUGUGUGCAUCUCUUACUGUACCUUGCUUCAAAUACUUGACAAGCUGGGCUGAAUAGCACUUGCAUAAAAAGUGGCAAUUAAGACUGAGAGACACUGUAUAGCAUGUUUGGUGGUGUCUUAUCUGAAAUGACCAAAAGUGUAUAUAUAUAUCACCAAUAAUAUAUGUGAACAGUAGUAUUGCUAUCCUCUCUGCCAGACAUGUAGUUGCAAUGUCUGAGUGUGGUUCUGCCUGGCGCUGAUCAGUGUGGAAGGCCUUGAAACAACAACAAGCCUGAAGGCCGCCUUCUACUUCAAAACAUGUAGUGAUGCUAAGUGACUCGCUUCAGAGCAGGGUCUGUUACAUAAGGACAUCAUUUUCUGCCCUCUUCACUUCUCAGUAGUACUGUAUUUAAGAAAUUCUGCAGUUUUUAGGGAGAGAUUUAAAAAAAAACAUAAAUGAAAAGGACAUAAACUGGAAAUGUCCAUAAAAAAUGAACUGAGCAUGCUUGUUCCUCCUGGAAGUAUGUAUGAAAACAAUAUUAAAGAGAUGCCGAAAAGGGUCAUACCUCUCCUGAAGACACAGACAAUGGCAGGAAAGAACUGCUUCAGCUUCCUUCCAUGAUAGCCUGUAGCUGUUUUCUUCUAACCUCACUAUUGUAGCAGCCAUACUGUAGAAGAUCUCCUCCUGCUGGCCUGAACCACAAAAUGCCAAAAGGCAGCUUUUCUUUCAGCUGGCAAAAUAGCUUUAGGUGUCUGAAUAAAACACCUUGAACUAAUAGUGAAAUACAGAAUAUUGUAUUUAAAUAUGUUUUGUGUUUGGCGGAUGUCUACAGUGACUAUUUUGGGUAAUUGUUUAGUAUGGCUUAUGAGUGGUAGCGGUAAGGACAAUAGGUGAAAUCUUACCAUUCCACCCUGAUGUGUGUUUGUGUGUGUUUAAGUGUCGUUUUUGCACUUUCUUUUUUUGUGAAAUCAGCACAGGACAGGGCACAUACUGUACUUUAUUUAGUCUGCCCAGGUUAUGUCUUGCCCAUCAUAUGAAGGUGGAUAAGAUCUCAUCUCCCUGACACCACCUUACCUCACCUUUUUGUGUCCCCUGCUGACGGCGCCAAUAAACAUACAGAGGAGUUCGGACUGCUUCUCCUCAGUGCCAACAGAAAAAGCCCAGGCAGCUCUCCCGAAUCCCACAGAAAUCAAACAGAACUGACUCGACCACAAACUAAAAAAAGAAACUCUGACAAAAAGGGAUGCCAAACGUUCGCCAGUCACUCAGACUCUCUUGUUUUCGUGUACAAACUUCCUCUUGUAAUUUUAUUUUAGAGUCACUGUGAAUACCUGGUACCAGCAUAUUAAGAUACAGUAUAUUCAGAUUAAAUUAUGAAUCUAAACUUUAUCAGUAUGUGAAGAUACUGUAUGUACAGCUGAACUGUUCCAUGUUACUUAGUGCAUUGGGUUGUGUAUGCCCUCCUUUUGCAGGAUGAUUAUGCAGACAAGUGUUAAUCGUGGCCAUGCAGGCUCCUGUUUCAUCUCCUGUACAUGCUGAAGCCUCGUGACUGAACAGGGAAAAAUUGGUGUGAGAAGACCUGUU